AUGAAUUACUACUCUGGAUAUGAUAAUUGCUCUUUACCUUGUAAUGCUCAACCACCAAGAUUUGACCUGUUUUAUGAGCCUAUUCCUGAGAAUUCUAUGCAGCCAGCCAAUCAAGCUUUCCAACAACAACCACCAUCCUAUUUUCAACCUUAUGGAGAGCAGUCACCCUGGCAUGUGCAACAAGAGAUGCCUCAUUUAUAUUGGGACCAAUGUGUUGAACCAAAGCAGGAGGAAAUUCAUUCAGAACAGCCAUGGCAGCCACAAUUCUGUGAUCAGUGGCAGCAGGGGAUUCCAGCAUAUGAACUUCAAGGACUAACCAAUCAAGUGGCAGAGUUAGUAGCUGUAGUCAACAAGUUGACUGGGAGAGCUGAAGAGGAGAAAGAGGCAGCAACCAAUGAAGCAUCAGUGAUGGUAGCUGCUACCCCAGAGUUUCAAGUGAUUAAGUGUCCAACCACCUCUGUAACUGUAUAUGCUAAUCCUUCUCUCACUGAUUCACAUUCUGUUUUAAAUUCUGUUAGUGAUAAUUCCAAUUCUCUGAUGAGUGGUGAUUGUAUGAAUGCAUCUGUUGAUUCUGAAUCUGUAUGUGAACUUUAUGUUGGUGAUGAGAGUACUGAACCUCAUUCAGAAAUUGAUUGUAUUGUUGAUUUGAACUCUGAUUUGAAAGUUGAACCUGCUGAGCUUGAAGUACAAAUUGAUUUCAGAAAGUCCAAAGAGUAUUUGAAAAAAAUGAGGGAAGCUGCUGACCAUGUUUUGGUUCUUCAGUACUAUGAAAUGGAUUUUGAUGCUGAUGUGUGUGAGCCUGAAAAUGAUUUCAAUGUGUUUGAUCAUAUGCAUGAUGUGCCUGUAGAAGUUGUUGAUUUUAGUCCUUGCUUUGAUCAUUCUAAUAUCAUAAAAUUAGCAUUUUCCAUUGAUAGAGUUCAUAUACCUGUAUCUAGUGUUUUUUAUGAUUGCACAGAUUUAAAUGCACUUCUUGAUGAUGAAUCAGGUGCUCAUGAUGAUAGAUAUGUAGUUUUUGAUGAUAUGAAAGUUGAUAUGACUGAUUUUGAAAAUGCCUGUACUGAUUUAGGAUUAGAACUUGAACUUGAGUUUGCUGGGUUCUUAAACUCUUUAGAACUGAGUAAUGAAAAACUCACUGGUUGUACAUGCCUUGGGGGUGGUUGUGAAAUUUGUGAAGAAAUCAGUUCUGCCAUAUGUUCUGCUUCUAACUAUUUUGCAGGUGCCAAAGAAGAGAUCAUUAUGUUCAAGCUGGAUGGAAAUGACCCUGAUGAUGUAGCUAGUGAUCAGAGAACACAGGUUUAUUCUGAACUUAGCAUUCCCAUAGAAUUCUCUAAGGUUCAAUAUGAAUUUAAUGCUUUGGAUCUGUUUAAAGUUGAACCCAUAGAACCUGCUCCAGAUUAUGUUCCUGUUAUGCUUGCACACAGUCAUAUUUUAGAUUCAGCCUGUUCCAUUGAAAAUAUUGACAUGCCUUAUGCUGUUUCAGAGUUAUGCACUGGUUUUGACAUUAUUCCAGUUGAUGAUAGCUUCACAAUAGGUGUUCAUUUAGCUGCUGAUUUGAUAGAUGCUAGUGAGGUCAUUUUUGAGGAGCCAGUACAGGUUGAUUUUAAAUUUGAGCUUCCUAUCUGUUUGGGUGAGGUACAAACUAGCUUUGAUAAUCUUAUGCAUGAGAAACCCUUGCCAGAUAUUCUUGUUGUUAUACCUGAUUGUUCUGAAAAGCUGGAUGAAAUUUGUGUUGUAGAACAUAUUGAUAUUUUUGAUGAUUUUUAUGAUGUGUGCAUUGGUCUGGACAACAAUUUUGAGGAUAGCUUUAUGGACUGUGUUGAGUUCACUAUGGAUUUUGUUGUUAUUACUAGGGAAGAGCCAACACAGGUGUUGUUUAACCUUGAAAUUCUAGUUGUCUUAUCUGAGUUUCCUUUGCAGUUUAGCUCAUUUGAUUGCUUGUGCAUAGAUCCUUUAGAGCCUGUUGUUAACCCUGCAGUAGUUAUUGAUUCUAAGGUUCUCAGAGCACCAUUUGAGAUUGAACGUAUCCAUACCCCUACUGUUUGCACUGAUAAUAUUUGUCCCACCUUUGAUGCAUUGGUUCUUCAUGAAAAUGAUCUUAAUUUCACUUUUAACAAAGCUGAAAUGUUUGAUGAUUCACUGAUGAACAUUGACUUUGAUUUUGCUGUUGCAGCUAACAUGACUAAUAUUGCCACUCAUCUAAAGAAAGCUGCAGACACAAAGGAAGUGGAGAUGGAUGCAAGAGAAGGUAUAAAUGAUGCUCAAAGAGCCUGGAAUUUGCAUAAUCAACAGCAAAGGAAUGAGGAGAUCUGGUUGCUACAGCUGAAAGCAUUGCAUGGAGAACUGAUGUUGCUAAAGCUGAGAGCUGGGAAGGAGCUAAUGCACAUCUUGGCUGACAAUGGAGAAAAUCCAAUAAGCUCUUUCUUUUCCCUUCCUUUAAAUAGUAGUUAUAGGUCUUUUAUAGUAGUUUACAUAGCUUUAAGUAGCAUAAUAAAUAGUAGAGUAGAAAAUAUGUUGUUUUUCAUAAAAAUAGAAAAAAUUAACUUUGACUUGUGGCCAAUCUGAAUAAGUUCUUUUUCUUUGUAGCCUUGUAGUUUUAGUUUUCUUUUCCCAUUUUUGUUCCUGUACAUGUUGUGUUCUAUUGCAUUUUCUCUUCUGUUCAUAUACAUUUUAUACUCUUUUAUGUUCAGUCUUAGUUCUAUUUUGUUCUGUGUUUUCUUGAUUAGUUUUUAUGCUCUUUAUUAGUUCUGUCUUGUGUAUAUCCAUUUUUAGAUCUGUUUUGUGUAUAUAUGCGUUUUUUUUUUCUCUGCUGUUUUAGAACCUUACCCAUUCACACAUUGAGGGCAAUGUGCCUCUUAAGUGUGGGGGUGGGAAGGUAUAGGUUAAAAUUUUUUUUUUUUGUUGUUCUGACGUAAAUAACCCUGUUUAGUAUUAGUUUUAGUAAUAAAAUAGGGGUAAUUUUUUUUCUGAACUGUUUUUCCUUUAGUUUAGGUAUGCAUUGGUUUAGUUUUAAAUACCUAGAGUAGUUUCCCAUUCUUGUUUUAGUCUGUAAAUACCUAUUUUUGUUACUGAUCUAUUUUAGUUUAGUUUUUAGCUUUGUUGAUAAUAGUUCUUAGGUUUUUACAGUUCAUUCAUUUUCUGGUUUAUGUUGUUUUAGCUUAGGUUCUUUUACUGUUUUUUUUAAUCUGUUUUAGAACUUCUUUUAGGUCCCUUUUCUUUGCUUAUUUCUAUUAUUUUUGUCUUCCUUAUGCUAGUUUCUUGCUCUGUUUUAGUUCUUCAUUAGUUUCUAUUGUUCAUUUUAUUUUCAUGCUUUGCUUCAAGUUUUAAUUAGGAUUCUUUUCAUAAUUUGGUUCUAUUUUCUUUCCGCUACUGUUUUUAAAAUUUUUCUGAAUCUGUUUAGCUUUCUUUUUGUCAAUUCUCUAUUCUGGUUAUAUUGCAUAUGUCAGGUAGCUUAAAGGAAUAGUUUAGGUUUAUCUUCUGUCAAUAUAUUAGGUAGUUUAGGACUGAUUCCAGGUUCCUUUUAUUUCUCUAACCUUUGUUUCUAUUCUUUUAGAUUCUGUUUUAUGCUUAUCUUCAUUCUUUGGUGAUGUCAUUCAAAUUUUAGCUUUAUUUCCUUAGAUUAGAAUUGUCAAGAGUAGACUUAGCUUUGGAUUUGGGCAGAAGUAGUUCUAGCAUUAAUUUUUACAGUCUUUAGUUCAUUUCAAUUCAGUAAUUUUUACAUAGGAUGAGUAGCAAGUCAGUUUUAACAAAUUUUAAACCCUUGAGAGAUUUUGGGCCAGUUUUUGUCUUUCUUGUGUGAUAACAUGCAUGUUUAAUUGUCAUUCUGAUUUUGCAUUGAUUCUUUGUGAUGUGCUUGCUCUUGGUAACUUUGAAUAUGAUCUAGGCAUCCUUCAUUUUUCCAGUUUAGCUUAUCCAUUUCAUUCCUUACCAUUGCACCUUAUAUUGAGCCUUAGCUUUUUUUCUUUGCUUUCCAUCCAUUUCAAGCCAUUUCCCCCAACCAAUCAUUCCUUAGAGACUUGUGAGAUGUAGGGAGAAGUCUAGAACUUGGUGAGUGCAUGAAAAAGAGUGGGGCCAGAAGUGAAAAAGAAAAGAAAAAAAAAUGUGUUGAAAAAAAAUCUGGUUUGGUUGAAAAAGAAAGAAACAGGUAUGGAAAUGAGAAAAAUCAGAAAAAGAAAUUGAAAAAGAGACCUGAAAUGAAUGAAAUAGAAAGAGAACCAGAGAAAAAGAAAGAAAAAAAAUCAUCUGGCCAAAGUUAGAGAAAAAGAGUAUGUCCUGAGUUCUAGUGUUAUCCCUUUUUCAUCACAUUUCUCUACUCAUUUCAGUUCCCAUUCUUUUCUGUUUUUCCAUUUCAUUCCAUGAACAUUACAAGAAAGUUAAAGACCUAUUGAUUUAGAGAAGCCUUGAGUCAAGCACUGUCAUUUAGAGUCUUUUCAAAGUUGUGAAUGGUAGUUGGCAUGACAUGAUUGAGUGAAACAGGAUUGUCCCUAAACACUUGAGUGAUUUGAGUGCAUACACUACACCCUGUGAGGUUGAGACUGACUGCUACUUGUUCAUAUGUUUGCUUUGCUGAGAUAGAUUGGAUUAAGCUGUUAUAAUGCUUGCUGAAAUUGCUGAAGUUUGAAUCUUAAGUUGAGAAUUCUUUUGCUGCAGUUCUGAUUGAUGAAAUAGCUAGAAUUGGUUUGAUUUUGCAGGUUUGAAUAAGCUGAAAUAGGAUUUAGAAGUUUCUUGUUGUGUGUCUUUAGUUUUUUUUUUGAACAAGUCUUUGCUUUUGCUUUUUCUUUUUAGUUUGUCCCUGCUCAGGAGGGCAGUUGUCUAAGUGUGGGGUGUGAUAACACUCUAGAUUUACAUAUAUUUUUCUCUGUUAAAAAUCAUUUCUUAGAUUUCUUUAGUUUUUAAUUUCUUAAAAUUAAGCUAGUUUUAUGUUUUUCUUUUAAUACUUUAGAAUUGUAAAAUUUUAGUUAAAAAUAGGUUUUUAGAUGUAAUUUUUAAUCUUUGAUAAUAAUUAGGAAAUUAGUAUGUUUUUGAAAUUCUUUUAAUAAAAAUGUUUGGUUUUAAUUAGGUUUUAAUCUCAUAAUAUUUUUUUUCUAACUCUUUUAUUAUUUUAGGAUCUGGUUUGGGCUUGAACAGCCAGCAGAAACACUGGGCCCUGAUCCAUCUUUGGGCUAUUUUGUGGCUGAAUCUAUUGAACAGCAGGGAGCAACAAUUGGGCCAAUUCUCCUUUAAUGAAACGUUGCGUUUCAGAGGCUGUCAUUGGGGGUCUCAAUUUGCAAAUCAUUUUGGCAAAAUGAAGAAGUCUUCGUGCAUUUGAGUAAAAGAAAAGAACCUUCGAGCUAAGCUAGGGCUCCCAUGAGUGAAGAGAGUUGAAGAGAGGAGCACAUUACCUGCCCGGAGAAGAUGACUGGAGCUGACCAGUGAGAAAGAAGAGCUGACCGGAGCUGCCACGUGGAGAGCUCGAAGCGUCACAGCAAGGGAAUUGAUUAAAUCAACAAGAUGUUGACUUGAUGACCAGAAAGAGGUGGAAUAGGAUCUGAAAGAAUGGAUUCAUGUAACAGGGUGCUCCACGUUUUGCCAGUGGUACCUAAAAAGGUAUACAAACUUGUAUAUAUUAAAUAUAUUAAAAAAAUGAAAUCAAAAUUUACAAUUGAAACCGAAAGAUGCAAGCCAGAAUCAAGCAAAGAAACAUCUUCCUAAUCUAAAUUCAACCAAAUAGCAAUAAUGAAAAUAGGAAUAAAAAUUGCAAUUUCAGAAUGUAAAUGACUAGAAUUAGGUACAGGAAAAUUAAAGAUAAGUAAACAUUCAGAUCAAACAUUCAGAGCAGAAACUUAAAUUUGGGCAAGAAUUCAAAAGGAACUUGAAACUUUAUUAAAAUCAAGAACUAAAUACAAAAUUAGUACCAGAAUUCACUAAAGACUCACGGCCUGUCACUCUCGUGCUCAGCAAAAUUCAGUUCAAGAACUAGAUUAACCUAAGCUAAGCCAUGAAACAAAAAGCUAAGUUGUAAAAAUACGGAAAUAUGGAGUUGAAGCUUAGGUUACAAGCCAUGAAACAACAAGCUAAGUUGUGUGAUGGUACGUUUCUUUCAUAGAAAAGCUAUCAUGUUUCCACUUGCUACUCGAUAGUUACACGUUUAUAUUUGAAAUGUGUAACAUAUAUUUUGGUUAUCUUUGAUAUACCACUAUUAGUGUUUCUGUUA